UCCCUGUCCCUCGGUCAGCGCGGCGCCCGCCCGCCCCGCAUCUGCCCUUAGCUGCUGACUCCGCCCCGCAUCUGUCCGGAACCGCCUCGCAUCAGAGGCGACCCAGUGCGCUCCUGCCAGUCAGUCCCUCCGGACCUGCGGCGAGUCUCGGGCUGCCGAAAUCAGCGUGCGUCACUCGCCUCAACAGUGUGACUGGGUCUGCUGGUGGCUUUUUCUGGGUGUGAACAGCUGCUGGGCCCAUAGCUUUGAGAAAGCAUCCUUCUCUCUCCCAAGAGAGCCUCCUCUCUGUGCUCAGAGAGAUGGGCAGUGGGGAGCCCAAUCCUGCUGGCAAGAAAAAGAAAUAUCUCAAGGCUGCCCUGUACGUGGGUGACUUGGACCCAGAUGUCACUGAGGAUAUGCUUUAUAAAAAGUUCAGACCUGCUGGCCCCCUGCGCUUCACCAGAAUCUGCCGUGACCCCGAGACACGCAGUCCCCUGGGAUAUGGCUAUGUCAACUUCCGCUUUCCUGCAGAUGCCGAGUGGGCCCUGAACACCAUGAACUUUGAUCUGAUCAAUGGCAAACCAUUCCGCCUCAUGUGGUCUCAGCCAGAUGACCGCCUAAGGAAGUCUGGAGUUGGAAAUAUAUUCAUCAAAAACCUGGACAAAUCCAUAGACAACCGGGCCCUUUUCUAUUUGUUUUCUGCCUUUGGGAACAUUCUGUCCUGCAAAGUUGUGUGCGAUGACAACGGCUCAAAGGGUUAUGCCUACGUGCACUUCGAGAGCCUGGCGGCUGCCAACAGAGCCAUCUGGCACAUGAACGGCGUGCGGCUCAAUAACCGCCAGGUGUACGUUGGCCGCUUCAAAUUCCCGGAGGAGCGGGCCGCCGAAGUGAGGACCAGGGACAGAGCGACUUUCACCAAUGUCUUCGUGAAAAACUUUGGCGAUGAAAUAGACGAUGAGAAACUGAAGGGCAUUUUCAGUGAAUAUGGGCCAACGGAGAGCGUCAAGGUCAUAAGAGAUGCAAGCGGGAAAUCCAAAGGCUUCGGAUUUGUACGGUAUGAGACGCACGAGGCUGCGCAAAAGGCUGUGCUUGACUUGCACGGCAAGUCCCUGGACGGCAAGGUCCUGUACGUGGGGCGGGCACAGAAGAAAAUCGAAAGGCUGGCGGAGCUAAGGCGACGAUUCCAGCGGCUGAAAGUCAAAGAAAAGAGCCGGCCUCCCGGGGUACCCAUCUAUAUUAAAAACCUGGAUGAGACCAUCGAUGAUGAGAAACUAAAGGAGGAAUUUUCUGUCUUCGGAUCCAUCAGCCGAGCCAAAGUGAUGGUGGAAGUCGGGCAAGGCAAAGGGUUCGGUGUCGUCUGCUUCUCCUCAUUUGAAGAAGCUACCAAAGCCGUGGAUGAGAUGAAUGGGCGUAUAGUGGGCUCCAGGCCGCUGCACGUGACCCUGGGCCAAGCCAGGGGCAGGUGGUGAGAAAAACAAUGAAUACUCAGUCUGUUUCAGCCUUAAGCUGCUGCCUACUUACUUUGGGUUACUCGUGUGAAGAGGUUAUUUUAUGCCAGUUCACAGGUGUUUUUUUAAAGUGAAUAUUUUCUUUUAAAAAAGGUAAAACUAGAAAACCAUGUUCAUUUUAGUGAAGAACAUAAUUUCUAACUGUAAAACUGUCAUUUUGUACUAUUUUUUGAUGUAAUACUCUUAGGGAUAUGGAGAAUAAAAUUCAUUCCUCCACUCAUUUGUUUUCCUAAAUGAGUCAGGAUGAGGUAAUUGACCGAAUAUGUUUCUUUGCUUAUUUUCAAUAAUACUUUAAUUUCUUCUGUGUACAGAUUCUCAAAAUGGUUUAUAUGUCUGGUUCUAUCACACUGAAAACUCACUUGCUUUUUCUGAAAUCAGUAGUGCAGGGGAAAUAUAUGUGAUGCAGUUAUCAUUUAUGCACAAUUUCACUUUAAGUUAUUACUUCAUAUGAAUAUUCUUUCCAAAAGAUGUAUGCAUUGUUUCUUCCCUUUAUUUAUUUAAAUUAUUUUCACUUUCAAAUAUAUUUUGGGCAUACCACAAACUUAACAGUGACUGUGACUAAGUGUCAGGAGUUUUCUUUGUGAACUUAAUACCUAGUGACAUAAGAAUAUUGGUGGUUUCUCUAUUCAUACAUUAGCAUAUUAACAAUCUAGGCAUUAAUGAUUUAAAUUAUGAGUUUCAUCUUAAAAACUUUUCCUCACACAUUUGAUAUUGGACAACAUUUUCAGGAGCAUUCUUAUGACUCAUUUUUCUAAACUCCUUUGUAUGUAUACUUGAGGAGCAUCUAUUAAAGUUGUCAUUCUCUCUUGUAAAUUGUUCAAUGUAUCCAUGGGAAAAUACUCAGAGACAUUUCAAAGUGAAGGAAAAGGUCAAAUCACUUGACUUCAUCUAUCAUAUGAGAGUUAUUAAUCCACUAUGCUUCUCUUUCUGUGAGGUUGCUUGACAGUUGGUACAGAAUGUCCUGUCCUUCGUUACAGUGACAUUAUUUAGCUUAUAAUUUCUAGGCUACACAUUUUCUGGAUUUCACUCACUGUUCCCUCUUCUUCCCACCCAUCUACAGUCCAUCCAUAUUACACUUAGUGUUUUGUUUCCUUUGGAUGGGCUUUCUUUUAAUAUGCAUUUUGAAGCAGAGAAAUAAAUGCCUAAUUUUUAUAACAUUUACAUAAUUAAUUUAAAAAUUAUGAUUCAUUCAUACCGCAGAUUGAACGAUAAGAAAAUGUUUUAUGUUUUCAGUUUUUAUGUUUUUACAUAAAAAUCUUUAGAUCCAUACAAAAUUCAAUGGGAGUAUAUGAUUUCUUAACAUUUUUGUUAGCAAUUUGCCCAUAGAAUAAGGAGAGUAAGCUAUUUCUAUGUAAUUAUCUAUAAAUUACAUGUAUCUUCAUUAUUAGAUAUUUUCAAAUGGAAAUCACUUUUUAAAAUUUUAAUCAUAGUACCUGCUGAUUGUAACAAAUGCACACAAUGCAAAAAUUUCUAAGGACAGUAAAAUUCCCAUAGUUCAGAGAUAACUAAUAUUGAUAUUUUCUGUAUGUAAUAUGCUUCUAUGCCUUUUUCCUGUUUAUGCACACAGUUUUACAAACAGAAAACAUACUUCAUGUACUGUGAUGUGUUUUGCUAAAAUUUUCAACAUAAUCAUGUUUUCACGUCAAUAAAUAUUAAUCUGUAUCAUCAUGUUAGUGGCUGCAUAGUAUUUCAUGUGUGGAUGUGUAUGAUAACUUAUUCAAAUACUUCAAUAUUGAAUAUGAAAUGUAUAGCAUUUUCAGUACAUUCUACAUUUGUAAACAG